AUUUAUUAACUGCUAUGAGUUUAGACUAAUCACUCGAUAAUAGUUCAAAUCAUUGGGAAUAAUUCGAAUAGUUUAGAAAAAAAAUUACUUAAGAGUGCUAGAGCGAGGAGAAGCACUUCAAAACUAAGAGGGAUUCCUAUACUUCAUUAGAAAAAAUUAGAAAAUCCUCUGUGCAUGAUGAUAGUGGCCCAAAAGAAGUGUAAUUCACUGUAGAUGGCAAACCUCCAAUUCUUGUAUAGCCAAGCGAAGCUGAUAGAAUUAUUAAGUUGAGAAUAGAGAAUUAGGAAUUGAAAGAGAAAUUAGAGAAAUACGAGAAAAAUGAGUAGACACAACAAACAAAUUCUGAGGAGUUGGAAUUGAUCAAAUAAGCACAUGCAAAAUAAUUAAAAUCAUAAAAAGAAUAUUACGAAGUUGAAAACAAUUAGUUAAAAAACAAAAUAAAUUCAUUCAACGAAGAAUUGGAAGAACUAAAAAAGGUAUAUAAGGAAAAGAACAUGAAAUUGUACAACCUUGUAUUACAACUAGAAUAAGUAUAAAAUUAUAUUAAUGCAAUAGGAAAAAUAAGAAUUGAUUGACAAAAACAUUCAAUUAUUAGAAAACAGACAAUAAAGUUCAUAAUAAGACAUACAUCAUCUUGUUGAAGAGAGAACUCGAGUCUUGAGUGAAUAAAUCUAUUAAUUAGAGGAAAGGAAUGCAAAAUUGUAAGUAGAGAAAAGCAAAAUCGAAGAUAAAUAUAUGAAUUUAUUGAGUGGUAAAUAGCAAUCAAUGCAAAACACACUAAGAUCAGAAAGAUCUGAGAGAAAGGAAACUAAAAACUGUGAUACAGAUAGAAAGUCAAUUGAAAAGUUAAAUCGAUCCUCAAUACAUAAAUCUGAUUGUAAACCUCCUAUGCCUACAUCAAUAAGUUAAAGCUUUGAGUAGCUUCCCCCUGCUUAAAAGUCGAUAUUGAAACCUUCUAAAUUAAAUACUUCAUCAAAAGAGAAUCUUUAACCUAUGAAUCACUCAAAAAUACUUGAUACACCUCAAUCGAAUAGAAAAUCCGCAAGGGCAUAAUCCUCUGUCUCUAAAAAAGCUACUAAACCUCAAAGCCAAACUUAAAAGGUCGUGAAGAAAAAGUAGAUAUAUUCAAAAAUUAAAUGAG